AUGGGCAAGUUUGGGCGCGUCAGGAAGGAGCUCUCAAAAAAGGGCAAAAAAAAUGGCACAAAGAAGGACACAAAGAAGGACACAAAAAAGGACGGAAAAAAAGGCAUAAAAAAAGGCAAAAAAAAAGGCGAUAAAGAAGGCGAAACUCCCCCGGAAAAGCAUCUCUCAGAGCGGCUGGCAAAGAAGGGGAUAAAGAAACCAACGGAAGAGAGCAGCGGCAGCAGCGUUGGUAGCGACAGCACCGUGGAUAGUGGCAGUCCCGUCUGCAGCACUCCCCCGUGCCGCCAACCCCGCGGGGGCGACCUAUUCGACGGGCUGUUCGUCGACCUGAAGGGCGUCCUGAGCGACAGUCUGCUGCAGACCCUGGAGAAAAACAAAUUCGUCAAAACGACCAGCAUACAGAAGAAGAGCAUCCCAAUCAUGUUAAGUGAUAAUGAUGUUUUUCUCAAAUCUAUGACUGGCUCUGGAAAGACGUUAUGUUAUGCAUUGCCGUCUGUACAGAAGAUACUCAAUAUGCAGAAAGAGAAAAUAAGAGUGACGAGAGACAUGGGAACAUUCAUCUUGGUACUCUCCCCGACAAGGGAGCUGGCCGUUCAGAUUAAUAGUCUCUUCUUUAUGUUGACGAAGCCGUAUCCGUAUAUCGUCGUGUCGUGUUUAACCGGUGGAGAGAAGAAGAAAUCGGAGAAGAAUCGACUGAAAAAGGGUGUCUCCAUUUUGACGUGCACCCCAGGGAGGUUAUUGGAUCAUUUGGAAAACACGAAAGCGCUCAAGUUGACUUAUUUGCAGUGCGUUAUAUUGGACGAGGCGGACAAGGUGAUUUUCCUCGGCUCGCAGGAUAAGGUUAGGCUGAUAUACGACACGGUGAAGAGGGUGCGACGGGAGGGGGUGGGAGACACCAGGGUUGACCAAGCGGCCAGCAACGCCGCGAACCACGCCAAACAUGCUAACCACGCUAACCACGCCGCGGAGGGGAAAGACUUCCAAAUGGUCUUCAUUUCUGCGACGCUGAACCACGCGGUGAAGAGUCUGGCAAACUACUGCUUAACCGACAGGACGGUGUGGGUGGAGGCGAAGGAGGGAGGAGGUAACACCCUACCCCCCCGGCCCCCAGACAUAACGCUGACCGGCGGCCACGGAGAAGAGGCAGGUACAUCCCCCCAGAAGGAGGACCCAUGCGCAGUGGGAGAAGAGCAGUGGGAAUAUGAGCUGCCCGAACAAUUAAAGCAAUUUUGCAUCGUCACCGAUUUUAGGAAAAAGUUUCUUUGCCUCGUGCAUAUGCUACUCUCCUGCAUGAAGAAGAAGCAGAAGCCAGUGGUGUUUCUCUCCAAUUGUCACAGUGUAGAAUAUAUGAGGGCGUUACUGAAGGGUUUGUACUGGCCUACCGAUUUGAAGAAAGAAAACAUGGAGGUGCACAAGAAGUUAAAGAAGGAAAUCUCCCCUGUGUUGUUAAAGGAGGAUGAACAACUGCUACGAAAACAUCUGGAAAAGACUCUCCAAAGGGAGGAGUUGCAAUGUGGUGAUAUGUCGAAGAGGAGAAAGGGAAGAAUAUCCUUGCCAUUUAAGAACAUCCAAAUGGAUGACUUACAAGGAGAACACUCCUGCGACAAGGGGAACAUCACGGUUGGUGGUGGAAGCGGAUCUCUUCUCUAUAAUGUCAACACGGAUAGACACAAAAGGAAGUACCUCUUCGGAGACACGAACAUAUACAUUCUUCAUGGCAACCUAUCGAAGGAAGACCGAUUCGGGAAUUUCUCCGAUUUUGCUUACGGGAAAAAUGAGCAGUCCAUUCUAAUAUGCACUGAGAUUGUCUCCAGGGGGGUCAACUUCGACGCGCUGGAUGUCGUCGUGCAGUAUGACCCGCCGCAGAUUUUUGAGGAAUAUGUCCACAAAGUCGGUAGGACGGCGCGAUUACAAAAGGAGGGAUCGUCUUACUUGUUCCUGCUACCGACAGAGGUGGAGUUUCUAAACGUGUUGCGAGAAAAGAACAUCCAUGUGAAGACAAUCCAGGGAGAGCAACUAAUCGGGAGAUUCCGCAGGGAGGAUAUCCCCCCGUUUUUCUCCUCCAUUGGGGGAGAUAUACUUAGCUUCAUCUACAACCAUUUUAAGGUGACUGUUAAAUCGGAUGAGUCUCUAAUGGAGAAAGCGACCAAUGCAUUUCUCGCGUCCGUCACAGCGUAUUACUCGGUGAGCAAAUCUCUGCGACACAUUUUUUGCGCAAAGAAUCUACAUCUAGGGCAUCUGGCCUACGCCUUCCUGCUAGACGAGAGCCCCAGGGAGAUUUCUAAGCUGAACAAACAGCAGCGCUACCUGCGGGUGAAGCGGCACACCACGCCCAGCAAGCGGGAGCGCCGCCUCCUUCGGGGGCGAUGA